AUGAUUCCUUUGACAUGCCACAACAACGAGUUGGCAAGAAUCAAGCCACAAUACGAGGAGAUCACAAACCAGAUCUUCAAGGAACACAACGCUGACAUUCACGCAAUGUUCGGCACAAUGAUUGAAGUUCCUCGCGCAGCAGUCAUCGCAGAUAAGAUGGCUGAAUACGCCGAGUUCUUCUCUUUCGGAACAAACGAUUUGACACAGAUGGGAUUGGGAUUCUCAAGAGAUGACGUUGAAGGUGGUUUCUUACAGCAGUACAGAGAGUGGGGAAUCUUGGAGGCAUCUCCAUUCCAGACAAUCGACCAGGAAGGAAUCGGUCAGUUGAUCGACAUGGCAGUAGCAAGAGGAAGAUCAACAAGAAAGGAUUUAACUGUUGGUAUUUGCGGUGAACACGGUGGUGAGCCGAAAUCAAUUGGUUUCUGCCAUAAAGUAGGUCUUGAUUAUGUUUUUUGCAGCCCUUAUCGUAUCCCUAUAGCUCGCUUAGCUGCUGCUCAUGCUUGCUUGAAUGAAAUGGCUAAAUAA